AUGAGGGUUCAUACGGUCCCACACGAAGGCUCGUCUCCCACUGUCUGUCACCUUACUUUGGGCGCGUGCGUGUGGCAGGGCAUCGAGGCUGCCGCAAUGCGUCUUCAGACCCUCGCACCCGCCACGCCCAAGUCCCUCACCGAGCACACCGUGUCCGGCCUUUCGGUGUCAAAAUGGGAGAAAAAGGCCUGUUCACGCGCUGCGUCAGUUUGA